AUGGAUUUCGUAAGUUCUGUUGGGAUGUCUGGUGGUAUCCUAUGUAUUUGGGACCCGAGGAUGUUUGAAGUAUUGUCAGUUGUUAAGAAUAGGUAUUUUUUAUUGUUGGCUGGUAAAUUGAAAGGUAGUGGAAUUGCUCUGAAUGUAGAUAAUGUUUAUGCUCCGCAAUCGGUUAGCGCUAAGCAGGUUGUCUGGAAUGAGUUAUUGGUGGCUAUGGAGGAUUUUACCGGUUUAUGGGUUGUGGGUGGAGAUUUUAAUGCGGUCAGGGAUCCUAGUGAAAGGAGAAAUUCCAGAUUCAACAAUUCGUGUGCUAUGAACUUUAACAAUUUUAUUCUUGAUUCGGGGCUUUUAGAGUAUGACCUAAAAGGAAGAAAAUUUACUUGUAUUAGAGGAAACGGCAAAAAAUUGAGCAAAAUAGACAGGUUCUUGGUGUGUUCGGAGUUUUUUAAUCGAUGGCCGAAUGCUACUUUUAGGGCUCUGCCGGCCAACUAUUCUGACCAUGGCCCUAUUUUGUUAGUGACCCAGUUGAGAAACUUUGGAGCUAAACCUUUUCGAGUUUUUAACUCGUGGUUGGAGAAAGAAGGGUAUAAGGAAGCAGUUGAAAAAUCAUUGGAGGGUUUUGAUUUUGUUGGGCCAUCGGAUAGCUCGUUGAUUCAGAAAAUGGCGACUAUUAGAAAAGGUAUAAAAAGUUGGAGAAUCGAGAUGAAAAAGAAAGAAGGGGAAGCGGUUAAUAGGGCUUUAGAAGAGAUGGAAGAGAUGGAAAGUUUAUUGGAAUCUAGAGAUUUGUCAAAAGAGGAAGAAUGGACAUUUUUGGAAAAUAAAAAGUUGUUGAUGGAAAUAGAGAGAAGUAGUGGCGGAUCCAGAAAUUUUUUUCAAUGGGUUCAGUUUUUUAGAUACCUUAAUAUGAUAGGACCAGAUGUAAAAAAUUCGGGUAUGUCCAAAGGUUCAGGUCGGGUCAAAUUAAUCACAUAA